GCUCAACAGCUUCUAUCCUUCGAGGAAGUGGUAGCCUCCCUGGAACUCGGGAAUCACGUGAUGGCCAUCUUCGACGGCUCCAACUGCGACGACCAAUUCCCUCCCAAAUUCAGCUUCGAGCCUGCACUGUUGAUUCCGCUGGACCCAUGGACAAGGAUCCAGCUGGAGGACGGCAGCGAGGAUUUCGUCACCUUCAAUCACGAAUUCAUCUUCUACGACGGAGACUUGGUGGCGGUGACGGGGUCGCUGGACGACAUGGGGAAUGCCUCGUUCGUGCUCCACGAGAUCUCGGGCCUGGAUGGCUCGCUUAAGAAUUCCACGGUCGCGGAAUGCACGCUCAACGUUGGGGCCUUCUUCUUCGAGAGGAUAUUCGUCUUUCCCAAGUCUGUUCGCUUCUGGAUGGAGCUGGGAGCGGGGCGUGAGCAUAUCACGACCUACGAUGACCUGAAAUCUCAACUUCUCGGCGGUACACACGUCACAUUCGUGGGCCUGGUGGAAUUGUGCGAAGGAAACCCGACGACUGGAGUGUCCAAGGCUCAGGGAGGAGGCUACCAUUUUCAGUUCUACAUCGAAAGCGACCCGAACAACGGCCAGGAGGACAUCAUCCUGGAAUACGACUACUUGGGAGUGAGCAUGGACGGUUCCACGCCGACCUUCAACGUCGUUCGAAUGAGAGUCUACCCAGAUGGGUUCGUGAAUGUCACCGGGAACUCCUUCCUCACGACGACCUGGGAUGACGAAUAUCCCUUUCCCGAGGGGUUCCAGUGCACUCUCGACGUUGGUACUCGCUUCCAGUAUCGGCGACGUGAGCCUCUGCAUUAAUAUCCAUUCCAGUUUUUAGAAGCAUGCUUUUGCUGCUGGAGAAGGUA